CCCAGAUACACAAAAACAAAAACAAACGGAGCAGCUAGCAGUCAAGAUGCAGGCUCUACUGGGACUAGUUUUGCUACUGUCCUUGCUAAGAUCACUGGAGGCACAAUGUCCUGAUGUGUGUGCAUGUACGGGCCUCACACGCACAGUGGACUGCCGACCAGAAAUCGCUGGCAUUGGCUUCCAGUUCACCAGUAUCCCUGACGGUGGUCCUCCCAACACUAGAAUUUUGAUAAUGAGUGGAAAUGCGAUCUCCUCCCUGCCCCCUGAUAACUUCACGGCCUACCCAGACCUGGUUACCCUGGAUCUCAGUGAUAACCUACUGCCUGAUGUUCCUAUUCUGGAUAUACCACAACUUACUAGCCUUACGCUGGAUGGUAAUCCCUUUGUGAGUCUUCGUGAUGAUGCGUUUACUGACCUCACAUCAUUGGAGAACUUGUACAUUCGACGCACACCGCUCACCACUCUCAAUGCUACAACAUUUAAUGGAGCAGCAGCUACACUGGAAAACCUCUUCCUGGAUGAAAAUCCCUUCACAGAACUGCCACCUGACCUUCUCACAUUCAUUUCUCAGUUACAAAUGCUAUCUCUGACUAACACUCCUCUUCAAACUCUCCCUGAUGGACUAUUUGAUCCUCUGGAUCCACUAACUGCACAAGUGGACCUUUUGAAUAAUCCCUGGUCAUGUGAUUGCAAUCUAGCCUGGUUCAGUACUUACCUGACUGGUAACAACAUACUGGUUGAUGACACCAACACAGUAUGCCUCUGGCCACCUGCUCAUCGUAACCAGCCCAUCAGUGCUGUCGCUUCUACUGAGUUCACUUGCUAUGCAUCAGUCAUUACCCAAUCACCUCAAAACGAGACCAUAUUCUCCAACCUGACUCUGACAAUUAGUUGCAUUAUUGACGGUGCUCCUUUCCCUGAAGUGGUGUGGAUGAAGGAUACUGUACUAUUUAAUUUAUCAAGUCGAGUGCAUCUUGAAAACACGUACAGUGCUUCAUUGUUCUUUGAGAGCCUGGAGCUCUCUGACUCUGGUGUCUAUCAGUGCUCCAUUGAGAAUGGUGCAGACAUGAGCAGUGAGGGAGAGAUCACUGUACUAGAGCACACUUGUUUUGAUGGUCAUCUCUCUAGUGAUCACGAGACUGAUGUGGACUGUGGAGGGGAGUUCUGUGAACCCUGCAACAUUAGUCAAGGUUGUCUCCUUGACAGCGACUGUGUUGGAGAGCUGGUGUGUCUCUUCUCUCAUCAACUACCCUCCUCACUCUCUUACAUCAGCCAAUCAGAUCCACUGGCCUUCACGUGCGCUGACCCAUCUGUGCCCCCCACACUGUUCGAGACAAUUCUUCAAACUGAGCUACCUGUAGACAUUUAUGCCAGCAAUGUAUCGGGACUACAGUCUGAGAGUGACCUACAAAGCACAAUGCAACGACUCAUAGCGACUCAGCUGGACGUCUCCGAAGCCACUAUUAGGAAUAUACGGCUGUCUACAGUGGGGAAGACUUUGCGGCCACUAGUGCAGGUGUGGUUUGAGCUACCCAAGACUAGGACAGGAGUGCUGGCUCGCAGUCGAGUAGUGGAGCAGGUCGAUCGUGGUGACCUCAGAGCCACCGUCAGAAUCGUUGAUGAAGGGGAAAUAUUAUGUCGGGUUAGAUUGAAUAUUUAGUUGGAGACACUGACUCACAUGCAUUACUUACUAUUCUUCACUUCAUUAUUUUUAAUUUGUAUGCACCCCUUCCUUGCCAA